AUGCUUGGACCUCCUCCACUUGAGGAAGCACUUUACUUCCAACCUGGAGAGGGCAACCCACCUUUUUCAACUGAGAAUCAUGGCUUCAGAUACAGAGUUUUCAGUGAAGAUCUGCAUUCCAGCCUGUACUUUGUCAAUGCAUCUCUGCAAGAGGUAGUAUUUGCCAGCACCACAGGGACUUCUGUUCCCUGUCCUGCUGGGGGGGUGCCGCCUGCCUCUCUACGCUGGUAUCUGGCCACCGGCGAGGAGAUCUACGAUGUCCCGGGCAUCCGUCACGUCCACCCAAAUGGAACGCUCCAAAUCUUCAACUUCCUGCCAUCCAGCUUUAGCAAGCUGAUCCAUGACAACACAUACUACUGCACUGCCGAGAACCCUUCUGGCAAGAUUAGGAGUCAGGAUGUCCACAUCAAAGCCGUUUCACGAGAACCCUACACAGUCAGAGUGGCAGACCAGAAGGCUAUGAGAGGCAGUGUUGCCGUCUUCAAGUGCAUUAUUCCAGCUUCUGUGGAGGCCUACGUCACCGUUGUGUCAUGGGAGAAGGACACCGUUUCACUGAACUCAGACUAUAUCCAUGAUUUUUUCUUGUUCUCUCGACUGUUCGGGCUGUAUGUACAGUCUGAGUCGUCCUCCUACCUGUUUACUGUUGUAUGGCGUUACUGUGGCUCUGAGGCCAGUGCAGCUCUGUCUCCUCACUAG